AUGCGGUCGGGGGACGCGGUGGCGGGCAUGGAGGAGUACCUCAACGCGCGCGCACACCUCGAUGUGGUGCUGCGCUCCUUUCCCCAAGCGGUCUUCCAGUCGUUCGUUUACGUCCUGGGCAGUUCCCGCGGUACCCGCAUCUACGUCGACGAGAGGAUCUUCGUCCCCUCCAUCGCGUUCUCGAUGUUCUCGCUGUGCGUUUACCUCGGGACAAUGCUCCGGGAGGCGCUGCAGAGGGGAGAGAACGUUCUGCUCGUCUUCUGGCGGCGGCCCCGGAAGAUGCGCACCAUAACUCUGUACACGAGAGUCCUCGAUGCUCGGGAGGGGGAGGAAAUGCUGGAGGCCGAGAAAGGAGACGACGCGUUUGAGUACGCGUGA